AUGGGACUGCACCUUUUGAAUCAACUUCGCAUUACCAACAAUCACGUCUACUCUAAUUUGGAGAUAAAGGAUCUUGACAAGAGGACACAUAGGCACAAGGAAAUAAAUGACUAUUCAUUGAAGCGCAUGCUCAAGAAGACGCGUAAAAUAAACGAAGUGACUAAAAAGAUAAGUAAGCACAAUGAUAAAGGAACGAGUCCUACAAAGAAGGUGAAACGAAAAGUAAAAACAAUCAAGAAUGAUAAACAUUUUCUAAUCAAAAUCAAGUACAAAUCAAAAGAUACUCGAGAAUUGCCAUAUAAAGGAGCACUUGGGUUUCCAGAUUGUCUCAUUAAUGAUACGGAUCCAACUAAAGAAGAACGAGCGUUUUUUGAAGAAUUGAAAGAAAAGGCUUCCAAAUUAUUUGUCAAAAACGAACAAAAAAAUGUCCAAACCUCGGAAACAGCUCUGAAUGUAAAAGAAAGCACACCUUCUGUCAUCAGUUUGAAUAAAUCGAAAAUCAAAAGAAUUGUACUACGAGACUUUGAAAUUGAUACUUGGUACACUGCUCCGUACCCUGAGGAGUAUUCACAAUGUGAAACGCUAUAUAUUUGCGAAUAUUGUUUAAAAUACAUGAGCUCUUCAAUGUCCUACCUGCGCCAUCAACUCAAAAAUUGCAAUAAUUCCAAUCACCAUCCCCCAGGUAUUGAGAUUUAUAGAGAUGACCAAGUCUCCAUAUGGGAAGUUGAUGGGAGAAAAAACAUAAACUACUGUCAGAAUAUCUGUUUACUAGCCAAACUAUUUCUAAAUUCCAAAACCUUGUACUACGAUGUUGAGCCUUUUGUUUUUUAUGUCUUGACCGAACGCGAUCCGCAGAUUCCUACAAGACAUCAUUUUGUUGGUUAUUUUUCAAAAGAGAAGCUCAAUAGCCUGGAUUAUAAUGUUUCUUGUAUACUUACCUUGCCCAUAUACCAACGAAAAGGUUAUGGAAAUUUGUUGAUUGAUUUCAGUUAUUUGCUCAGCCGCAAUGAAUUCAAGUACGGUACACCAGAAAAACCACUAAGUGAUUUAGGUCUUUUGAGUUAUAGAAACUAUUGGAAACUUACAGUAGCAUACAAAUUACGUGAACUUCAUAAUAUGUUUAAGAAUAACAGCAACACCAAAAACAUAAAUAAUAACGGGGAUAGUAAUUUUAACAAUGGCAAUAAUAAUAUUAAUAUUAACAAUAAUAAUGUUAAUAUCAACAAUAACAAUAAUAAGGAGAAGAACUGCAUGGGUAAUGCUGAUAAAAUGUGUGCUGACAGCGAAGACUUUAAUUCAACGAAGCCGAGCUUUACAUUGACCAUUGAGCUCUUAUCAAAACUUACCGGUAUGAUCCCAGCAAAUGUCACUUUUGCGUUGGAACAACUAGACGCAUUGUACAAAAACCCAAACACUGGUCAAUAUGCUAUAGUUGCGGAUAUCUCAAUUAUAGAAAAACAGAUACAAAAAUGGGAAGCCAAGUCCUAUUCAACAUUGGAUUACUCAAAACUAUUGUGGAAACCUAUGCUCUUUGGACCUAGUGGGGGGAUCAACUCUGCACCAGCAAUGCUGCUAAAUCCGCAAAAACCAAAUGUUGUACCACAAAACAGUAUAUCCUUAGUCUCGGAGUUUCUCAAAGAUGACAUCAACAACCCAUAUAGCUUUGAAGAAGAAGCAUAUAAGGAGAUCGAAAUGCUUACAAGUCUCAACCAGAAAGCACUGCAAGUGAGUAUCGACGAGUAUUUGAUAUGCAAACCUGGUAUGCCGAAUGGCACUUACAAGCAGAAACUUUUAAAUAAAAAGACUGAACGCAUUAACACACGAGAAGUGGAUAUGGAAGCUGUUGCUGAAAUAUUCACUGAUGAUGAGGAAGACGGGAAUGAUGAAAGUGACGAGCCAGAAUUUGUUGACGAAAGUGAAGAAGGAGAAGAAGAAGAAGAAGAGGAAGACGAGGAAGGUGAGGAAAACGAAGAAGGUGAGGGAAGAAAACGAAGAAAACGAAAGGGACGGAGGAAAUACAGCUCAAGGUCCAGAAUUAUAGAUGAUGAUGAUGAUGAUGAUGAUGAUGGUGGUGGUGGUGGUCAUAGAGAAUUAGAGAGCGAAUCAAAUGCAUCGAGUCUUUCUAUUGAGUUGAAUAACAGGUCCAUCAACGAUAGUGAAGACGAAAGUGACAACGGCGUCAGUAUUGAUGAGGACGAACAAAAUGAAGAACAAAAUGAUGAUGAUGAUGAUGAUGACGAAGAUGCAGAGUAUGAUUCAAGAUAA